GCAAUAUGACAGCGCGUGUACGAAUGGCUGAGAAUGGUGCUCAGGUUGUAUCCAGACUUGAGGGGCGACAGUCAUUGAAGGACGUAUUCCCCAAUAUUUUUCCAGUGGAUGGCGGCCCAGGACAAGGUGAUAUUGUGGAGUUUUACGGCAUGGAGGGCACAGGUAAGACAGAAACCUUGUACCACCUGAUCACUCGCUGUAUCAUGCCAGUGCAGAGUGGAGGUCUGGAGGUGGGGGUAAUCAUCAUCGACACAGACCACCACUUUGACAUGCUGCGGUUAGUGAGCAUUCUAGAGGGACAGUUGGCCAGACACUCAAAGGAAAGUGACGGUUCUGAGACUGAACCUGAGGAGGGAGUAUGUUCAUGUCUGCGCAGGCUGUCCGUAGUGCACUGUAGCAGCUCAGCGCAGCUUCUUCUUACCCUGCAUUACCUUGAGAACUCCAUCUCCAUCCAGCCCUCCCUUGACCUGUUGAUCAUUGACAGCAUCUCUGCUUUCUACUGGGUGGAUCGAUACAGUGGUGGUGAGAGCAUAGCUUGUCAGGAGGCUAACAUGAGGAAGUGUGCCGAGUUCCUGGACAAACUACGCAAAAACUAUGGCAUUGUGAUUUUCGCUACCACCCAUGCAAUCAUGAGGAACUACAACACAACCUCUGAUUCGGGGCUGUCAGAUGUGCCUGGCUCAUCAUCAUCAUCGUGGAGGUGGAAGUCAGCUGAUAGUGCUACAGACUUUAACAAGCCUUACCUGUGCAGAGCAUGGCAGAGAAUAGUAACUCACAGAGUGCUGUUCACAAAAAGCCACGUGUCAAAAGACCAUAAGCAGGUUUUCUCUGCAGCGUGUACCAGCAUAAUGACCAAAGGUGUCAAAAAAUGCUUGUUUAAUGUCAUGGAAGAUGGCAUUAAAUUUUUAUGUGACAAGUGAAAACUCUCAGGAGAAGAUACACACGUUUUUAAGCUAUCGUCCAAUCAUGAGAGUGUAUACAUGCAAAGCUUUUUUGUUUUUUUACAAGAACGUUCAAGUGCAAAAGGGGGCUAUCAGUGUGCUUCGUGAUCUACCCAGAACUUAUUCCACUUGUCUUAUUAAAUUACAAUUAAUUAAAUUUAGAAUUUAGAUUAUUACAAGAAAAAAUAGCUAUGGACCAUUACUGAAGAUUAAUAUUUUUGUCAUUCAUCUUAUAAAUAAAACACACUUCCAUUAAUGCCUUUUCUGUCCAUUACAGCAAUUUCAAGAAUUACUAUUACUAUACCAUUGCUCUUAGGAUAAGAGAUUAAACUGAGGGUCGCCUUUGGAGUAUAAUUCAUCUAGCUUUGUUAUUAGUGCUAUAGAUGUUAUGUGGUUUGUGUUAUUAAAGUUAAAAAACAAAAACAUGUGUAAUUUAUGGAGAGAAUAAAUAUUUAGAUUUAAG